CGCCACUUAGAUGAGUUUUUCAAUCUUAUAUUACAACUCCAAAUAAUAUGAACUUAGACAAGAUCUGUCUAAAUAAAAAAUAAAAUAAAUCAUUUAUCAGUGUUUUGUUUCUGAAAUUAAAAAAUUAAUCUUAUUAGUCUGAUUAAUUCGUAAUCCUAUACUCCCCGUUUCAUAUACAAUGUUUUUAUCUAGAGAUUUUAUCAAUGCAGGAUUUGAAAUAUACUUCGUAGAUGAGUUAUCAAUCCAGGACCUAAAAGACGAAAUAUAUCUAGAGACCUUUUCACCCGUCUCUCGAAAGGACUCCCUAAGGGUCGUUAUGGCUUUAGUAGCUCACUCUGAUCUUGAGCUACAUCAAAUGGACGUCAAAACAGCCUUCUUAAAUGGAGAUUUACACGAAGAUGUUUAUAUGAUACAACCAGAAGGUUAUGUUUCUAAGGGUCAAGAACAUCUAGUGUGUAAACUCAAGAAGUAUAUUUAUGGGCUCAAACAAGCAUCUCGACAAUGGUACCUUAAAUUUGAUGAAGUCAUGAAAUCAAAUGGCUUCAUUAAAAACAAAGUAGAUCAAUGCACUUACCUCAAAAUGAGUGGGAGCAAAUUCAUCAUGUUUGUGUUAUAUGUUGAUGACAUCUUAUUAGCAAGUAGUGACUUGAAUUUAUUGCAUGAAAUAAAACGCUUAUUAUUUGGUCAUUUUGACAUGAAAGAUCUAGGUGAAGCUUCUUAUGUUAUAGGCAUUGAAAUUCACUGAGACAGAGUCAAAGGGACGUUAGGCUUGUCCCAAAAGGCAUACAUUGAGCGCAGUUUAGAACGUUUCAACAUGCAACAAUGCUCUACAUCAGUUACUCCAGUAGUUAAGGGAGACGUUUUUGGGUAAUUCCAGUGCCCAAAAACUGAGGUUGAGAAAGAGCAAAUGAAACUCAUUCCUUAUGCUUCCGUAGUUGGAAGCCUGAUGUAUGCUCAAGUUUGUACUCGUCCAGAUAUUGCAUAUGUAUCCGGUAUGUUGGGAAGAUAUCAAUCUAACCCAGGAUUAGAUCAUUGGAAAGCCGCUAAGAAAGUUUUGCGGUAUCUUCAAGGGACUAAGGAGUACAAACUUACAUAUCAGAGGUCUAUUAAUUUAGAAGUGGUUGGAUAUUGCGAUUCCGAUUUUGCUAAGUGCAAAGACGAUAGGAAGUCUACUUCGGGAUACAUUUUCUUGCUGUCAGGUGGGCCAAUAUCUUGGAAAAGCCACAAGCAAAGACUUACGACUACUUCAACAAUGAUGGCCGAAUAUGUUACGGUGUACAACGUAACAUGUCAUGGGAUGUUGUUAAGGAAUCUUAUCAAAGGAUUCAAAGUAGUGAAUUUCGUCUCAAGACCACUAAGGAUUUAUUGUGACAAUUCCGCGGCCGUGAGCUUCUCAAACAAUAACAGUUCAAGUGGAGCGGGAUUGUUCCUCGAUACAAAAUAUUUGUUCGUUCGAGAAAGCGUGGAGGAAAACGAAAACUGUAUCAUACACAUCAGCACAAAUGAUAUGCCAGCAGAUCCUCUCACCAAAGGACUUCCGCCCAGUAUUUUUCAAAGACAUGUCACUAAUAUGGGCUUUAUCAAAGACCCUGUUUAGGAAUUAAUAGCAUAGUGUCUGAUUAGUUAUCUUAUUUAAUAUUUCAAGUACUUGAUUUAGAAUUCCUCCUUAAGUAUGUUUUGUCUAUUCUUCAUUGUGCACACAAAGUUAUUUAAUAGACAAACAUAAUACCCUAAGUAAUAACAGUUCAAGUGGAGCGGGAUUGUUCCUCGAUACAAAAUAUUUGUUCGUUCGAGAAAGCGUGGAGGAAAACGAAAAUUGUAUCAUACACAUCAGCACAAAUGAUAUGCCAGCAGAUCCUCUCACCAAAGGACUUCCGCCCAGUAUUUUUCAAAGACAUGUCACUAAUAUGGGCUUUAUCAAAGACCCUGUUUAGGAAUUAAUAGCAUAGUGUCUGAUUAGUUAUCUUAUUUAAUAUUUCAAGUACUUGAUUUAGAAUUCCUCCUUAAGUAUGUUUUGUCUAUUCUUCAUUGUGCACACAAAGUUAUUUAAUAGACAAACAUAAUACCCUAAGUUUAAUGUCAUUUGGCUUAUAUUAAUCCUUAUACUCUUUAAGAAGUGUCAAAAUAUGAUUAAUGAGGGUCCCAGAUUAUAUUGACCCGUUUGACUGUAUUUAUUUGCUUUGACAUUAUUAUAGGGUAAGAUGAUUUUUUCUUGGCCAACACUUACUUAUGUAUAAAUGAUCUCAAGGUCAAGUGGGAGAAUGUUGGAAAAUAUUCCAUUUAAGUGCCCUUGGACCAUUUAUAAAAUUUAAUAUAUAUUGGGGACAAUUAUGUCUUACAAUUAAAUUUGCCAUAUGACAGAUUUGGUCCCUGUAUUUAUGUAUAGUUAACAUAUGAUGGGUAUGUUUCAAAAUUAAAUAAUACAUAAGGGACCAAAGGGGUUUCUCUUUGAUACAAGAUAUAAGGCUCGUUCAUUCUCACGACUAAUACGACCGGACACGUUUCUUCCCCAAAGGUCUCAAGAACACCUAUAUUAGGAGACCCAAGGAAGAUCGUUUAAUCCAUCGAAAUCUGUUUGUAUCCUUAGAGAAUCCAAAGACAUCAUGGCUUAAUGAUCUUCGCCAUCAACGUUUGGUUUCUCCUCAACCGAUUUGCCUAGAAGUUUGAAACAUGGUGGAAGAAGCAAUUCUACUCCGUACAAAAAAUAACAACGAACAAAUAUGGAUAAGCAAU